GCCACGGUGCAGCCGGGGGGAAGGGGGAAGGGGGUGGGGGGAUCUGCUAGCCCUCCCCAUCCCUGCCAUGAACCCUCCUGCUGCCCGCCUCGCUCCCUGCCCAGCUGCAGGAGGGAAGCGCACAGUCGCUGCGUGCGGUGCCGGAGAGGGAAUUGCCGCUCGGCUUUCGCCUGGCAAACUGCACCCAGCCGGGGGGAGAUACUAGCCGCCGCUCUGCGGGCUGAAUGCAAAGGAGCUGCCCAGGGAUCCGGGCUCCCUGCGGCCGCCGCCGGGCAGCAGAGGCGUUUGGCCCCCAGAGAGAAGCCGGGUGGACGGGCUGCAUCUUCUGGCUACUUUCACCAGCUGGAAGACACGGGGCUUUGGAAAAAACCCAGCCCGCUGUGGGUGAGAGUCUGACCCUGCCUGGACCAGGAGCACAGGACGCUGUGACAAGGAGCCUCCCUCGAGAGGGGCAGAUCCCCCCCACCUCCCGCACGUGGGGUCCCCCUGCGAGGCUGGGAUGUGGUGACCCGGGUACUAAAGGAACCAGCCUGUGCCCCCCUGGAGCUGCAGCUCUCCUGCGUGGCUGGAGCUGGGGGCUCCCUGGCUGCAGCUUUUCUCCUGCUCAGAGGGGCUGGGACUAGGGGGGCUGCCGCCCCCCCUUGCUUGACGUGGUUUCCAUCAUACCCAGGGUUGACAGUUUGGUUCAACAGCUCUCAGCCCCCCUCCCCCCCCAAAUGGCUCCAGCCCUCCUGCUCUGAAGGGAAUGCAGCUACUCCCCAGCCAUGCUGGGCUGCCCUGUGCCAGGUGGAAACGUCCCUGGUAGUUGGAUUUAGAGGGGACCCUGCAGCGUGAGAGGGGGGUCCAGCCCUGCCUCCCCGCCCCCCUCCCAGCCCACUCAGGAUGCUGGCCGGCUGGAGAGAGCUCUCUGCAGGGAUUGGUGCCACGCUUUGCUUCCUCCUCUUCUUCUGGCUCUUGUAUUCUCAGCCGCCUAAGGAAGGCAAGGAGCUGGAGGUGGGGAUGUGUGAGAUUACGGCGCUGAACAGAGACCUCAGCCACCCCAGGAGGAUGAUCGCCCGGCAGACAGCACGCUGUGCCUGCAGGAGAGGCCAAGUCGCGGGCACAAUGAGGGCAAAACCUGCCUGCGUGGAUGCUCAGCUCAUUGCCAGUAAGCAGUGGUGCGGGAUGGAGCCCUGUGCCGAAGGGGAGCAGUGCACUUUGUUAAUAAAUCGUUCAGGCUGGAGCUGCACUCGACGAUUGGGCCGAAUAAAAACUGUCACAGUCUCCUGACAGCAGCAGCUGACGGCCCGAGCCUGGUGCCUCCACUCCUGGCUGCCGCAGCGGUAUACCACCUUCCUGGGGCAAGGGGCCAGCCCCUCUGUCCACAUCCCCGUGGGUUGGUCUCCUUGCAGCAGGACCUGGCAAGUCUCUGCUCUGCACCACCUGGGCCGGGCGGCCUCGCUCUGUUGCCGGCUGGGAUGAUGCCAAACAGCUGGAAAGAUGUGUCGGGUUUAUCCCGAUGGAAUGGAUUUCCGUUGUCAGGAGGGGUUUUAACUGAAAUGCACCUUUCUGCAAACCUUUUAAUUGUGAACUGAGGGAGCAGCCCUUUGGCACCCAUAAAGAGUGGGCACAUUUGCUGCGGCUGGCUCACUAGGCUGUGAGACCCAAGGAGAGACGGACGCCGGCUGAUGUAUAACCACAGCGGAGCUGAGAGGUGGGAAGCAAACUCUCUCUUGUAUUUCUCCUCCCCUCCCAAUCUCCAGAGAGCGAGAGGGUGCAGCGGGGACAGCUCCGGAGAGAAGGUGCUAAGGUCAUCUCAUCUCUACCCCACUGGGUCACCUUCAGCCCUUUGGAAAGUCCGCUGAGGUGGUGUGGGGCUGUCUGAGCCAAGCCCCCACCCCACAACCAGCAGCACAGGUUCCCCACCAGCUGCUGUGAUUUGUUCCAUAGGGAAACAUUGAUUUGAUGAGUUUCUCUUCCCUUUCCAUUUGCAACUUGUCCAUCAGCAGCUCACAAUUUCCCCAGGUUCAUUCAGCGGCUCAGAACAAAUGGCCAAAUUAUUCCUACGAAUAAAUUCUCAGCCUGUCACCCAAUUGCAGUCAAUUCAUCAUUGGGUGGGGGUGGGGGGAAGAAUCUUUAAAUUGAGUCAUGUUCAUUUGUUUUGAUUGGUCCCAUGGUGGUGUUUUGGGGCCCUGACUGGCCAAGCAUCACUCUUGGUAUGGGGUUACAUGUUCCGAAUUGGGUUCCCAUGAGUGCCUGCCAGCCUUCCCACUGAUGUCCCUCAGUUGUUGUCGGCGGAGGGUAGCCUGGGGAGGUAUUUGCCAUGUGCAUGGGCAGGAGGGAGAGAGAGGGUGGAGUGAGGACGUGCUGAGAGCCUGAGCUGUUGGGUUGGAAAGGCUUGUUUGCCUCACACUGGUCUGAUCCCACAGUGGAAGUAAGAGGAAGGUCGGGUGCUGGGGAAGCACUCAGGGCUUGACGUUGCAGCCUUGUCUAGACCAGGAUUUGGGAGGUGUUGGCUAACUUGUGUUCACGGCCGGGUGCAGACAAGCAGGGUGCCUUUAACACAUGUUGCAUGGCUCAUGUUAAAGCCUAAGUCAAGGCACCGGUGUAACAUGUAUUAAAAGCACACUGCCUUGACCACACUAGGCUGUUAACACCUUCCAAAUCCUCAUCUGGACAAGGCCUGAGAGGUGCUGAGUGCCUACAACCCACUCUGAAGCCAGUGGGAGCUGAAAUUGCUUGUCACCUCUCAGGAUCAGGCCCUUUCUGCUCUAUAGAGAGUGCUUUACGGUGGUCAGAACUAUGCAGCUGGAGAAGAGAUGGUCCAUGCCCUGGAGAGCUUAUCCUUAGAGUGGAGCCUGAGACAAAGCCGUGGGUGCAGACAUCCCCGAGCUGUGGGCAAGUUUGGAUCUCAGGGCUUGCAUGUCCUUCUCCAAGGUACCAACAGGUACAGAGCCAUCAACACACAUGAAAUGCAUCUGGACAAUAGUGCAGACAGGCCUCGCAGAACAGCCAGGUCUGCCUGGGAGGAAGGAAGCCCACAGGAAAGGUCACUUGCAAUGCAAGGGGACAGCAAGGCAGAAGGCAGAGAGCAGGCCAAGGGGAGGCUGAGCAAGACCAACAUGGAUCAAAGUUUGCAGGAGUCCUUGAGGCACUGAUUUAAACUAGGAGGGGCUUGAUCCCUGCUGCCAGGGCAUCUCUGAAUGCUAGACAGUGUCCAAGAGGGGUCUCACUCUGUGUCUCCAAUACUGAGAGCCAACAGGCAGCUGGCUGGUGAUUUAUAGCAUUUUCCUACCCCGGUUCCCAGAGUGGCUUUGUAGUUGGGGAUUGCAGGGUGGGUCAUGGGCUGGUUCCACUUUUCAUUCCCUGCAGCCCAGCAGUAUACUGGGGUGACCUGGCCCCGUCCUCUCUCAUGUGGCAUAAAGAGCUGGCUGCUGCUAGGGGGAAGAUCCCUGUCCCUAACAAGCCCUGCUCCAUCAUCUUGUAAAUAUUAACGGGGGUCCCUCUCCUCCCCAUCUCGUUGUGAGUGGGACUCUGAUCCAUGGGAUUUUUUCCACUGUAAUAAGUUUCCAAAAAACUUGUGAUGUCAACAAUGUAAGGAAAUAAAAUUCUAACUUUA